UGGUGGGUGUGGAAGGCGGGGUGGCACCGGCCUUAGCUGGAGACCUGGAGGCCGGGGCCGCCUCCCAGCACCCAUCCGCCGGCUUCUCUGGCUCCAUCUAUUGGGAGGAGCGGCCGCGACCUCGGCCUCCAGUGUCCCGGGCGGAGUGAAGCGGAGCCGCGGCCGCCGCAGCCGCCGCCGCCGCCGCGAUGGUGCUACUGGGGCUACUGCAGGCUGGAGGGUCGGUGCUGGAGCAGGCGAUGGAGCAGGUGACGGGCGGCAACCUGCUGUCCACGCUGCUGGUCGCCUGCGCCUUCACGCUCAGCCUGGUCUACCUGUUCCGCCUCGCGGUGGGCCACAUGGUCCCGCUGCCUCCCGGGGCGAAAAGUCCACCAUACAUUUUCUCCCCAAUUCCAUUCCUUGGGCAUGCCAUAGCAUUUGGGAAAAGUCCAAUUGAAUUCCUAGAAAACGCAUAUGAGAAGUAUGGACCUGUAUUUAGUUUUACCAUGGUGGGCAAGACAUUUACUUACCUUCUGGGGAGCGAUGCUGCUGCACUGCUUUUUAAUAGUAAAAAUGAAGACCUGAAUGCAGAAGAUGUCUACAGUCGACUCACAACACCUGUGUUUGGAAAGGGAAUUGUAUAUGAUGUGCCUAAUGCGAUUUUCCAAGAACAGAAGAAAAUGUUAGUACAUGGUCUUAACUUAGACUACUUUAAACAGUGUGUUUCAAUAAUUGAAAAAGAAACAAAGGAAUAUUUCCAAAGUUGGGGAGAAAGUGGAGAAAAAGAUGUGUUUGAAGCUCUUUCUGAGCUUAUAAUUUUAACCGCUAGCCAUUGUUUGCAUGGAAAGGAAAUCAGAAGUCAACUCAAUGAGAAGGUGGUCCGGCUGUAUGCUGAUCUGUAUGGAGGGUUUAGCAAUGCAGCCUGGCUCCUGCCGGGAUGGCUGCCUCUGCCGAGUUUCAGGCGCAGGGACACAGCUCAUCGGAAGAUCAAGAAUAUGUUCUACAAAGUAAUCCAAAAACGCAGGCAGUCAGCAGAAAAAAUUGAUGACAUUCUUCAAACUUUACUAGAUUCUACAUACAAAGAUGGGCGGCCUUUGACAGAUGACGAAGUGGCAGGCAUGCUUAUUGUGCUGCUCUUGGCUGGGCAGCAUACAUCCUCAACUACUAGUGCUUGGAUGGGCUUCUUUUUGGCCAGAGACAAAACACUUCAAGAAAAGUGUUACUUAGAACAGAAAACUGUCUGUGGAGAGAAUCUGCCUCCCUUAACUUAUGACCAGCUCAAGGACUUACAUUUGCUUGAUCGCUGCAUAAAAGAAACAUUCAGACUUAGACCUCCUGUAAUGACUAUAAUGAGAAUGGCCAAAACUGCUCAGGUGAGUGUCUUGGCAUGAUUUC